CGUCCGACCGUCGACGUCGUCCUCCCAUCCCUCCUCGUCGCCGCUGGCAGCGCCCACGCUCUCUCCGCCGUCCUCUCCGCCGGCAGCCCGCUCUCCGUCGCCCCUCCCGUGAUGAACGCCCUUCUGUCCCCGUGAUGACCGCGAAAAACCGCCAGAUCGACCUUCCGCCUAUUCCGUCACUCCCUCCCAUCCAGAUGCCCGACGCGUCCCAGUUCUCAGCCUCCGCGCAUCCCUCUUCCCGCACAAAUCCCCAAGCGUCGCGUCGCCACAUCUCCUCUCCUCACGUUUCUCAGGACACGUUCAUGACUGCCCAGACGUCUCGAGAUUCUCCCGCUACUCCUCCCGCUGCCGACGAGGAUUACUACGGUGCCCCAUCUCCGACGUUUUCUCAGUCUUCGUCUCUUCGCAAGUCCAUCUCAGUCGACUCAUUCGUCAAGGCCAGGCAACAAGGGAUAUCCCAGUUGACGCGAACUGCGCGUGGUAACACAUUGUCUUCGAACCUCGCGCCGCCCCAAGAGAUCCGACAGCGCGUGCAUACCCAGUCGGCCUCCGUGUCAGCGGAAUCUGCAGCCAGCUCGUCCCGCGUGCCUCUGCGCGAACGCGAGAAGCCAGCCGUCCCUCCGCUCCCAACCCCUUCGCGAAGUCGCGGGACCAGCGUGAGUACUAAUGCUGAUGAUCGCGAAGGUCCAAAAUUCUUCGAUGAGUCCGACCUCGAGCGCUCUGAGGAUUUGUCGCGACGGACCCGGAAAAGUAAGACUAUGUCCCGUCAACUCAUGCCACCACCGGGCGAACUUGGUCUCCCUUCGCGUCUGCAGAGCGUGAACUCAUCUCCCAGCAUCAGCGCAUCCCACCCCCCAGCGCCUAUCAUGCCAGUACGAAGCAGCAGUCUGAGCCACCAAUUGGCCAGACAGCAACAGACCAUGUCCGUUGAUACCCAUAUACCCUCGCACCGUCCACAGAUAACUAUUGCGGUUAUGGGAGCUGCAGGCUGUGGCAAGUCGACUGUGAUACAGAAAGGCCUCAAGGUAUAUGGCUUAUCUGAGCCCGUCGUCGCUACCAUAGCGCCCGACAUGAGCGAUAACGAUGACCGGCCUGUCACUUGCCUCGAGCGAACAGGGCGACUCAGCUUCACCUCAAACAGCCAGGAGUAUGUGCUGAGAGUAAUCGAAGUGGAUACAUCGAGGCUAGACUUAAACAACACCGGAUGUGAGGAUUGGGAGAAGCCUUCGCUCAAGGGUGUCGUAGUAUGCUACGACAGCAGCCGUGAGGAUACAUUUAGGCACACCGUGACAGGCCUACGUGAAUUCGCGCAGCUGAAAAUCCCGGUCAUCGUACUGGCUUGCAAAUCUGAGAUGGAGAAACGGAUCGAUCCAGCAUACGCUACCAGAGUCCUGGAAGAGUUUGAUGUCGGCCUGGUGGAAGUAUCCGUCGUGAACAGCGUUGGGAAGGAGCGGAUUCGGGGUGCAUUCGAGUGGUUGUUGCGCGCUAUUUAUCACGAACUGCAGGCAGAAAUACCUGGAUCCGCGCGGAGCGAGCGCGAUGGGUACCGCAACCCUGCAUCGCCUUCCGUCCUCGGUGCUCUCACAGCUUCCGAGAUCUCUAGAGCGUCUUCCGCCACACCAACAGCUGCCUCUGUUGGCGCCACCCAUCUUGUUGCCUCAUAUCCACAGACACAGCCAUAUUUAUCGCAAUCUAUGACGCAGACAGAAACACCUCCGCAAUCGCAACCACCUUCUCACAUGGGCACCCCUCUACCAUCUCACGCCUUCCGCCUUCCGUCUCCCUCCGGCCCUCCUCCUUCACGAACGCCUACGACGCCCACGUCUCCCUCACGCGCACGUUCUACCAGCGACUUGCUUUCGGAACACGAGAAGUCUAAACGAGAAGAACGAGAACAGUAUUCCGCGGGGCGGAUUGUGGCGCACGGUUCGCCGAACGUACGGAACAGAGGUUCUCUGAAUGCUCUGUCGACCGUCGGUGGCUCUGGUGAAGGCGGCAAUACCGCUGACGAUUCCCAUGACGCGUCAAGGGAUGUCUCUGUCAAGGAAUCGCGGGCACCCCCGUGGAUGGUGUUGGAUGAGCUUCUGGACAAGCUCUUAUUCAUGGCAGUCAGUGACGAUGAUCCAUUGUUUGUUUCGCACUUCCUUCUAACGUACCGACGAUUUGCAAGCCCUCGCAGUGUGCUCCUGGCCAUGCAGAAACGGAUGCGGGCCCUAGACCAGCCCACUGGUGAUCCUAUGUUUGCAUGCUAUGCCCAAUUGAGAAUUUGUUUGUUGCUAGACAGGUGGAUCACAACAUACCCAACAGACUUCGCGGUUUCCGGAGCUGCUGGGGCUCUUCGGGCUCUCAUCAAGUUCACCCUGACGAAGACAUAUCUCCUCCACUAUGGCGCGGUUUUCCUCCCGUUCCUCGAGAGUACUCCGACUUUACAGGACCGAGACGCGUCGUGGGCACUCAAAGUGGAGGAGGAUAGCGACGAGUCAUCGCUAUUGUCUGAGGAGGCCGAACCAGCGGUUGCCGGCUCGGAUUCAAAGAGUCUGCCGGAAUUGCCCACACGCGUGGCUCGACGGCACGGUAGUCAAGCUGUGCCUAGCCAGACCGUGGCAGCACGAGACCGUAAGUCUAGUCUGCCGUUGGCAGUCACAGCGAAGGCGCUGGGUCUGGGGUCAUCAACACCGAGCACCAGCAACCACGAGGGUGCCUCGGAUACGCCGAAGCAGCUGCUGAAGAAGCUACAGAGCAUGAGUGACGAGGUUCUCAAAGCCGACUUCACUCAAAUCGCGGAGUCCAUCACGAGGGUAGAGGCGCGAUACUUUUUGGCAAUUGAGCCGCGGCAUUGGUUGCAACAUGUCUUGACCCCAGGCAAGAAGGAUCCAGAGAAGGACCCUAUUGCCAAGUACAACCAAAUUUCGAAUCGGCUUGCUGACUGGGUUGUCUCACUGAUCUUGUGCCACGACAAGCCGAAGAAGCGCGCCACGCAGAUCGAGAAGUUCGUCCAAGUCGCGGAGGUCCUCCGUGUGCAGCACAACUACUCUGCCUUGCGUGCCUUCGUCGCUGGUAUUAAUAGCGCAACUUUCGAGGGUGAUAUCUCCUUGGAAGUUUUCCAGGCCAGAACGCCGGACCAGUGGAAGAAGUUCCAGUCCUAUGAUCACCUUCUGCAGUCCGUGCGCUCCCAUCAGAAGUACCGGAUGGCACUGCGGAAUUCAAAAGGCGCAUGCAUUCCUGCACUAGAGAUCCACCUGUCCGACUUGAUCCGUGCUGACGAAGGCAACCCCGACUAUCAAGACGAUGAUCCCACCAAGAUACAUUGGGCCAAGUUCAACAUGAUGGCGCGGUUUGUCGACGUCAUCACCCAAUGUCAGGAGGGUUGCCGUGCGUCAGAGCAAUUCCGCGAUGUUGAGAAGCUCAAGACGCAGGAACCAUGGUAUCUGCGAUUUGAGAGCGAUGCCGUGCUCAUGGGCAUAGAGAUGCAACGUUCACGGAUAGCACCACCUGACGCGGACGGGUACGACGAAUUCGGUCAGCCACAUCAGUCCAAGGAUGCAGCCGUCAUUCGCAAGAUCUUCUUCUGGUGAUUUGCUUUGUUGUUGCUCGCAUACCAUCACGACUCUACUACCCGCCAGUCCCUGAUUGCUCUGCUCGCACAUUAUAUAUAUUGUACUUACGUGGAUCUGUACUCACAACUGUUGGAAGAUGCUAUGUUCCUACGUACAUAGUGUUCUCAUUGCCAUUGACUUCUGUGCUGAUGAUCUGUAUUGUGCUGGUCUUUAAAGUCGAAGCUUUCCCUAUGCAUGACUUGUGCGCCCGAA